AGACACCGAGAUAAAAGAUGCGGUUCAUUUUAAACACAGACAUUUUUCCUUAAUGUUAUUAAAUUGACUAUUUUUGAUUAUUGAAUUUUUAGUUUUCUUUAAUAUUAUUCGUGUAGAAUUUUAAUUUUGCUAAUUUAUGUAUACAUUAAAAUUAAUUAAUAUCAUGUGUUAAUUCAUUAAUUGCAAUAUUACGUGAGUAUAAUAAAUUACUAUGUCAUGUACCUAUAUAAAAUGUAUAUAUUACAUUCAAAAUGUAUUUAACACUUUUAGAUAAGUUAUUAUGGAAGCUAGAUUUACAACCUUCCAAACAAUUAGUGCUAAGGCAUGCCCUAUUUACCUUAAAUUGAAGUACCAACAAACUAAGCGAAGACAAGAAACUUUAGAAAUACAAAAACAGUAAGUUAUAAAAUGUUGUUGAAUAUUAUUAUACAUUUUAAUACAUUAGACUAAAAUACUGUUAUAUUAAAUAAACAGUAGUUUGAAUGCAAUUGGUAAUCAGAUAAAUUAAGUUUGUGGGAUAUUUAGUCGUUUUUAAUGCUUUACGAAUAACAAAAUAAAAUAUUGCUCCAAUAGUGGCUUAGAAAAAUUAUAGAUUUAUUAUAAAAGUAUAAACAAACUGAUGGGUGUAUCAGCCUUCAAAAACCUCUUAAAACAUAAUUCUGAGUUCUGUAUUUAAACCUAUUUUAAUAAUUUAUAUAAACAAGCAAAACCAAAUUUUUUCAUAUUUGUGUUAUUCAUAUUUUACAAAAUAUUACUAUUGUGAUUUAAUUUGGCAUAUAAAUAUAUAAUUACAUAAUCUACGGGCAAUCGUCAAAUCCUGCAAAUGCAUCUGGUAAAUCGCAAAAACAUAAUAAAUUACAUUUAAAACUUAUUUAAAAUUUACAAUAUUAUCUAGUAUAUAAAUUAUAAUGAGGUACAUAUAUUAAUAAAUAUUUUAUUAAUCUGGUUAUUUUUAAAUUGAUUCUGAUUUAUAAAUACUUGUGAUCAUUUUGGAAGGCUCAGUGGGCAUGUUCCCUACCAGUGUUACUUUUAGCCCUCUCAUGAAUGAGAAAUCAUUAAAUUGUAGUGGGAAAAAUAAAUUUAGUAAACCUUUUUUAAAUCCUGCUAUUAGAAAAAAAUAUCCAGCCAUAUUACUCAUGACAUGCCCAAACCUCAUCUGGAUUAAUAUCAAUUUAUUUAAAAUAUUUUGCAAUUAAAAUUAUUUGACUUACCUAUAUAUUAUUCUCAUUCAAAAAUAAUAAAACAAAAUGAAAUUAUAAAAUUUAAGAAAUUAUUAAAAUGCAGAAUGGAUGAUUCAAAAUAAAGGACAAAGGUGUUGUACUGUUGUUAUCAAGAAAAAUGUGCAAGUUGGGCAAGAGCCCAGUUGAUAAUGUUUAUGAAAACCGGUCAAAAAUUCAAAAUUGAUCACUCUGGUCACACUAUUUAUAUAUUUCUUAGGUAUAUUCCAUAGACAUAUAAAUGAGUAUGAUAUAUUCUAAGAUUAUGGUAUUUGAAUAAAACAUUGAUAACAUUUUUGUAUUACUGACAUUGUUUACUGAUAUUAUAUUUAGAUCGGGAAUUUCACAAUCCUAAAAAUAUUAAAUAAGAAUUGGUUAUUGGUCGAGUUAUUAUUUAUUUUGUCGGUAUUUUAUACAGCUGAGUUGUGAGGACUGACGAGUGAUGACUUAACUCAUUAGUUCAUGAGUACCUUAGCAGCUGAUGUUCUGAUGAGUGUAGCGUGUUAAAGUUAAUAGUGUUUACUUAUUUUGUCUAAUAUAUUGUUUAAUAGUUAUAUUAUUUUCUUUCCUACGGGGACUUCAUUAAAAUGGUCACUGCGAUGAUGUUAAAAACCUAUUUGGAGAUUAUUAAUAAACUCGAUGGUAUUGUAUUUAUGUAAGUUUAAUUAAUCAUUGUAAAAAAAUUGUAUUUUAUUUCUUAAACUAGUUUCAAAUUCGGUCAACAAUUAAACUAAAUCAAACAAUUUACGUAUUUGUUUAGUAUUUUAAAUACUAAAUUAACUUGUUUUUUCAAUAGCUUUCUGAAUAAAAUUGUAUCCUGUACAUUGUAAUCCGCUUUUAUUAAUCUUAAUUUUAAACCGAGUUAAUGACUGAUAACCAACUAGGAUUGGUCAUUCGGUUAAGUUGAUUUUUUAACUACAUUUAAAAAUGAAAGUUUAGAAUGGUAAGAAUUGAUUUACACAGCUAUACUUCUUCUAUGUAUAAUAAUUGACAUUGAUGUGUAUGUACUAGAAAAGUUUAAAAUAUUACAAUAUGAACAAAUUCAAAAAUAUAAGAACCAUUCCCUAAUGAAAUAAUAAAAAAAACAAUUUCACUUUCAUGUUAGCUAAACAUUUGCAAUUUGGGUAUAGUAACGUUAACACAGAACCACCACGACUAUCGGUUAACCGGUGGGGGGGGAAAUAAAAAACAAUACUAUAUUUAUUUGGAGAAGAACGCUAUAAGUAUAAAAUAUAACUCAAUUUAUUAUUUACCCAUAUGAUCCAAGCAUAAUUGUAUUGCAUAUGUAUUGUUUUAAUUUAAUAAUUUUUUUUGUUAUAGAAAGCGCAAUUGUCAAGUAAAUGAAAGAAGACAUUUGAAAAAUAAUGCACAUAGUCAUUCUAUGGUAUGUAAUUUAUUUUAUGUUAAGUAUACUCUACAUUAUUUAAUUUUUAGGACUUGUACUUUUUGUUUAAUUCAGUUCUGGUUCUAUAGGGGUCAAUUUUUGAAUCUCAUAAUUACUAUGUUAUAUACCUACGACAAAUCAUGUUUGUCAUAUGAAAACAGAAAAGAUACAUGAUAAAAUGUUGAGAUUGUUUGAAUGAUACAACAUUAUUAAUUUUACACAAUUUAUUGUCAUAUGAGAUUUGAAGAUUGGUUUUUAUUAUUUUCUGAUUAUUUUACUAGAUUCUGGUUCAAUUAUAAUUUUUGAGAUAUUUUAAUUUGCUGUUUCGGUUCUCAAUAUUUGAAUGAUUUUUUGGUUCUAGACCAAUUCUUUUUAGUUUUAGUUUCUGUAAUACAGUCCCUGUUUAGUUUAAUGGUACACAACAUGUGUUAAAAUUUUUAGAACUGUAUAUAUAAUAAGUAAAACGAGCCUAAUUUUGAUUUUAGAGUAAAAGAACCUAUUAUGAAAUUUAUAGAGAAUAUUAUUUUUGAGAGAAUGUAGGAUUUUUGUAGUAUUCAAAAUAUGUAGCCCAAUAUAAUAGACACAAAAACCUUUUAUUUUUUUGUUUUUUAAAUAACUUACUUUUUUAAUAGUUUAUAAUUCAAAAGACCUAUGACAUUCCCUCAAAAAUAUUGUUUUCUAUACAUUUCAUAAUAGGUACUUUUAAUCAAAAUCAAGCUAUAGUUUUACUUAUUCUAUGUAAGCAUUGUUUUUAUAUGUUACCCAGUAGUUGGACUGAAACUGCAGUAAUCCAGGGGGUAUAACGUCAUCUUAAUAAAUAUUAUUUCAUAUGUGUAUCGAGAUAUACUUCAUAACAGGGCCGGAUUUAGGAUUUAGCUGCCCCGUGCAAAAAAAUAUCCCCCCUCCCUUUGAGUUUUAUUUUUUUUGCUUAACAAAUGAUGUUUACAUACAUAAAUAGGAUAAAUUUAGAAGCAAGUAUUUAUAAUAAUUUAAGUAAGAAAAACCUAUAAUAUUUUAUUAUGAUUUUUUUAAUCAAUAUUUAUAAAAUAACAUAAAGUUAUGGAAAACAUAGUAUAACUACGAUAAUUAAGAGUAAAGUAUGAUGUAUGAUAACAAAACUUAUCAUAUGCUAAAAUACGGUAACCAGGUUUACAUACUUCAGAUUAUAAUAUGUAAACAAAAUUCCUGUAAAUACCAUAUUAAUAUUUUCUAUUAUUUUGUGAAUUAUAUUGUCAAUAAUACUUACAGUUAAUUGCUCUCUUCUGAGCUAUUUGAAACAAAACAUAAUAUUUAGAUUUAAUCUAUAAAAAAAAAUACAUAUAUAAUAAUCAAUUAUUAAAUAUUUUGAAAAAAAUUAAGGUGUUAACAUAGAAUUUGAUAAUUGCAUUAUAUUUUAAUUGUAAUUAAUUAUAUUAUCUAUUAGGUCGUUUAAAAAAAAAAAAUUAAUUUUCAUUUAUUUUAGGAAAUUGAUUGGAAAAAAAAUGAAACAAUUGUGCCUAAUCUUGAAUCAUAUGAGCUUGCUACAUCCAUGAUGAAUUCAGAAUGGAUGCUUGAAAAACCUGAAGAUAUUGAAAAUUGGAUAGCUGUGUUGUGUCCAGAAGGAAAACGUUGUUGUGUUAUCGCUCAAGAUGUAAGAUAAUAGUAAAUUAAUGUUUGAAAGAAGAGUAAUUGAAUAUAUUUUCGCUUUUAGAACAAAACCAAAUCAGUUAACAAAUAUGGAACUUCGCUCUUUCAUUUUCCGUCAUUGUUUCCUUAUGGAUGUCAUUUACCAAAUAAUUGCCCAUCACAUCGCAAACGUACUGUUUUAGAUUGUAUAUAUAAUUUCAAGAUAAAAAAAUUUUAUAUUUUGGAUAUCAUUGAGUGGAUGGGAGUUCCAUAUACAGAUUUUGAUGUAUAUAUUUACAUUGUAUUCAUAAUAUUAUAUAUGUUAAUAUAUAUAUUAAAAAAAAAAUUUGUUUUGAUUUUAGGCUGAAUUUAGAUUUUACUUUAUACAAAGUAAACUUAGUGAAAUUCCAGGUAUCAAUGAAAAGUCAUUAAAAAAUACUUAUCCAUUUGAAGUAUGAUCUAUUACAUGAAUAUUAUAUGGUAAAACCACUUUUAUAAUAAAACAUUUUUAUUUCAGCUAGCACCACGAAUGAGAACUAGUGAACUGUAUAUACAUCUUAUGGAAAAAAAUCAGUAUUUUCACGAUCAUGUUGAAUUAGAUGGUAUUAACUUUUACUAUCCAGAAAGUAUGUAUACACCUGGUGAUUCGCCAUUGAUGCUUUGGCUAAAGAUAUUCAUGAUACCUGAAAUCUUACAUAAACCUAUUAAUGAUCAAUUGGAACAGUUGUAUAGACCAUCCAAUUACGUUAACAUAUUUGAAUAUAUUCAAAACACAAAAAAGAAAAGUAGGAAAAACCGAAGGAAGAAAAGUACUUCUUCUAGCUGUGAUACAAUGGAAGUAGACAGUAUGAUUGAGGUUGGUAGAUUAAAUAAUUGAAUUGACAUUGUUUAAAAUAAGUCUUUAAUUUAUAAACAAAUAAAUACUUUAGUACAACCAUAAUAUUAUUAUUUAAUACAAUAGGUUAAAAUAAAGUGAAGAUAAAUGACAGCAAAUUGAAAAAAUCGUAGCUAGAACAUUAUAUUUUUUUCAAUCAUUCCAAUUUCAUAUCUUCAAUGAAAAAAAUAACUACUAAUUCUUUUAAAAAAAUUACUUACUAAAAUUAUUUUGUCAUCAUGGUGUAUAGUCAUCAAAUGUAGCAUCUUUUCUGAAACCUUUUCCCUAUUGGUACUUUAAGGAGGUCAUUUUUUGAAUUUUCAAUCAGUUUUCAUAAUAAUUGAGAACAAAUUUGGGAAAAUUUUCAAAAAAUAAUGCUUUUAUUAAUUUCAAUUUUGUUAUUUUGAUGUAAUUCAGUUAAAAAUAUUCUAGGGACUUGAAAUUUGGUUAGGAAAUUUUUAUUUGCCUUUUCUAGACUUGGUAAGGUUUUUAAAACAUUUGAGCCAUUUUUGAGCUGUUUAUAGAAAUUUUAAUUUUGCGAGUUUUUUUUUAUGUAAUUUUUAUUUGGUAGGUACUCUGUGGAUAAAAUAGACCACACAGAAAUGUUUGAAAAUUUAACAGUAGGCUAUUUAUAAUAAGUUGUACUUUGUGGUCAACAAGAAAAAUUUAAGUUUUUUGUGUAUUUUUUUUUUCAAAUUUUGAUUAAAAUCUUAAAUAUUACUACCUUUUAAAACAUGUAUAACCUAAUUCCACUCAGAAUCGUUUUUCGUUAGCAAUGAUUAAUUGUUGCGUACAAAUAAAUAUUAAAUUCACUUCUACGUCCUACUUUUCAAACUUCUCAUCUAUAAUAAUAGCCCACCUAUUGUGGUCCAAUGUAUGUUUAUAUUUUUAAUUUAUACUUCGAUUAUUAAUUAAUAAUUAUUAUAUAUUAUGGUAAGUGGUUUGGUCACUAUAUAGACAUAUUUUGUUUUCUGUGUAUGUCUUACAUGUAAUAUAUUAAACAAAGGCAUUCAAUAUUUCUAUGAUUCUGACUGAUUGAGUUUUGUGGUAAUGGGCUAUAAUACAUUUUAUAAAGAAGAAUAUUUACUGUGAAUCCUUUGAAUGAAUUUUUUAUUAAAAUAUAUACAUUGUAUAUAACUGAAUUUUUCUUAUUUUUGAUCAUCAAUAAUUUUCUAAGAAACGAAAAUAUUAAAAAAAAAAAAAAAAAAUGAAUUGAUUCAAAGUGAAUACUCGUAAUACUUACAUUAUAGUAUUUAUUUAAAAAAUAAUUAUCAGAUAUAUCAAAAUAAAAAUAUUAAAUUAAUAUAAUGGUUUACCCUAAACAGAAGGCUACAGGUAUAAUAUAUCUUUCAUGCUCCACCAUUCUUAGUUAAGGUAUUGUCUCAAAUUAACUAUAUUAUAAUCGAGUGUCACUGAAUUGUUUAUAGCCUUGUUAAGCUAGACAUCAUAACUUUUAAUUCAAAUUUAUGACAAAUUUGAUUUAAAUAGGUGGAACCAGAAAAAGAUCCUGCCAUUGGAAAUGACAUGUGUAUGGAAAACUGAAAACAAUUUCAUUGUAGAACUGAAGAAUUAAAUAAUACUAUUGAAAUACUAUUGAAGAAUUAAUACUUUAUUGUAUUCGUGUUAACAUGUAAUACAUAUAUUAUUCAAUUUCAAAAACUAUUUUAUUUAACUAUCUAUUUUGUUGUCAUUAUAUACUUACAUGUUAAAUAUUUUAACGUUGUAAAAACCAUAUAACAAUUCAUGGAAAAGAACACUAAUAAUGUGUAAUGAUAUGUUCCAUAAAAAAUUUAAAGUACCUAACUAAAAAAUAUACAGUUCG